CGCAGCUGGUUCAAACGUUGUAAAGCGGAGCUCGCUCCUCCCGCAUCUAUUUCUUAGACCAUGGAAGUUGCCAGAAAUGCUUCCUCUGCUACAUGCUAGGAAAAAACAAAUCCUUUGCGCUCUGGUGUGGUAAAAGCUGGGAAAGACAAGAGCACUGUCUGAAGAAACGGACACUGGACAAGAUUGGUGCACCAUGGCAACUACUAGUACACAGUCAGCACGCAGCUUGCCUCCAGUUCCAUCCACCUCAGGAACAAGCUUUGCUGAGUCUUCCGUGAGAGAACGAAUGAGAGAGAAACUGAAAGCUGCCCGGUUUAAAGCAAAAAAUGAUUUAUUGCAAGAAGCCUUAGGUCCUCGUCCAAGAUCUCGGAAAACUCUUAAAGAGAAGAAAGCACAAAUUCAACUGGAUAAUGAGAUAGGAGAAAGUGCAUUAAGUGUAAUGCAAGAGAAUGAACACAAGGUAUCAACUAGAGUGAAGUACCAUGAUUCUGUCAGAAAAGUCAAGCAAAAAUUAAAGGUGCCACUUGGCUAUCCUUCUGCUGAAGAAGCCUAUAAUUUCUUUACUUUCAAUUUUGAUCAUGAACCAGAGACUGUAGGUGAUGAAACUCAAAACAAGAGGAAGAGUGUGUUAGAUGACAAGGAAGAUAAACCUCAGGAACCUACACAGGACCAUCAGGAAGAACAAGGAGAAAAUGAAAUGGAUGAAGAGGAGCAUCUUGUUCAUGAUAAAGAAGAUGAUGACAUUUUUAUUCUAGAACAGACAGCUCUUGACUUCCUUGUGGUUAGACCUGCAGAAUAUGAAAGUUACUCUGGACGGGUGCAGAAAGAAAGAGAAAUAUUGUUCAUUCCCAGCAUGCUAAGAGUGCCUGCCUCUGUGAAGGUACCUGAAAACAAGCAGCCAAGGUACCUUGAGGAUGAAGGUCUGUAUACAGGAAAGCGUCCUGUCGUGUCACCAUCAAACCAAAACAUUUUGGAGAACAGAAUACUCAAGCAGGAUCAGGGGAAAAAGUGGUUUGGAGAUGAUGGCCAAAUUUUGGCCUUGCCCAGUCCAAUUAAGCAGUCUUGUACCAGACCUCCAAUAUUUCCAGCAGAGGAAGGCAAACAACCAGAACUAGUAACAUUUUAUAAAAAGGCAAUACAUAUGAGGCUAGCGAAUCAGUAUAUUGUUGGAUCUGAGGACCCCCAGGGUCAAUUUCAGUUGGAUAUUGAUAUUGCUGGAUUAAUAUUCACACAUCAUCCCUGCUUUAGCCGUGAACAUGUCUUAACCGCUAAACUGGCUCAGUUAUUUGAUCAGUAUUUGUCAAGAAAACAGAAAAAUCUUACUCAGCUUCUUACAGAUAAGCUGUGUGCUCUGAGAAAUGCCUUACAAAGUAUUUUGGACACUAGUGAAAGUGGGAUUCUUAACCCAGUAGCACAGCAAAGCAUAACUGAAUAUAAACUUGCAAUAAGGCAAACCAGAAGACUUCGUGAUAUUGAACAAGAAAAAGAUCGAAUAUUGCUUAAAGCCCUGAUCAAAGUGUGGAAAGAAAUCAAAUCCCUACGAGACUUUCAGAAGUUCACUAACACCCCCCUGAAGCUCUACCUGAGAAAGGAAGAAGUUGAUCAAAAGUUGGAUGAGGAGGCAUAUGAGGCAGAAAUUCAGACUGAAACAGCUGAAUUGUUAGAUGAAAACACUGAAGAAUAUGAAAAGAAAAUGGAAGAAUAUAAAACUGAACUUCAGGCAUGGAAAUCCUGGAAGAAGGCACAGAAAAUUAAGAAGAAAAAGAAGAAAACAAGUCAAAAUCCAGAAGAUGAAGAAAUAGAAGACUCUGAAUAUGUGGAAGAGGUUAUAAAACCCAAUCCUCCACCAGUAGUUGACAGGCUACAGGUGGAAUUGCAGGUUCGAGAGAAAGCUAGCAAUAUUAGAAGGAAACCAGGACACCCAGUUUUAAUUCCUGAGUUGAGCCUAACAGGGAAUAUCACUCCAAAUGAGCUUUGCCCUAGGGCAGAAAUUUUAAGACGUGAAGAUGUGAAGAAACGAUCUGUGUUCCUAAAAGUUCUUUUCAAUUCCAAAGAAGUAUCAAGAACAGUCUCCCGGCAAAUAAGCUCAGAUUUCAGGGUUCAUUUUGGGCAGAUUUUCAACUUGCAAAUAUUCAACUGGCCAGAGAGUUUGAAACUACAGCUAUAUGAAACAGUUGGACUUGGCAGUGCUAACUUGGUAAUGGAAGUAUUUAUACCAGUUCCUGAGACUACGGUUCUGACUGGGAGAGCUCCAAUAGAAGAAAUAGAAUUCAGCAGUGACCAGCAUGUGCUGUUGGACCAUGAAGGAGUGGGGAGUGGUGUACCGAUUUCAUUCGAAGCUGAUGGUAGCAAUAAAAUGAUUUUAAUGACAUCUGGCAAAGUGUCUUGCAGUGUUUCCUGGGCAGUUGGAGAAAAUGGAGUACCCUUGAUUCCUCCAAUAUCACAGAAGAAUGCUGGAAUCACAAGUGCUUUAAAAAAUAUUGAUGCCAUUGCAUCAGUUGGUGCAUCAGGGUUAACUGAUAUGAAGAAACUAGCCAGGUGGGUGGCAGAGACAAAGCUUGAUCCAAAUGACCCAAGCAAUGCAGCCCUGAUGCAGCAGAUACUGGUUGCUACAAGUGGCGAUGAUUCUGUUCCUGAUUUCUUCAGGCUGGAACAGUUGCAACAAGAAUUCAAUUUUGUUUCUAAUGAGGAACUUAACAGAUCCAAAAGAUUCAGACUUCUUGAGCUCAGAAAUCAUGAAGUGGCUGAGUUUCGAAAUUAUAAAUUCAUUCCAUUACUGGAAAGGGAAAUCAGUGAAAGAAUCUUGCAGGAUUAUGAGAAAAAAUUGUGUGAGAGGGAUGUAGUUGAUACCAAAGACCAUCUGGACGCACACAGAGCAUUAGUUGCAAAGUACCUCCAAAAGGUUCGGGAAUCAGUAAUUAACAGAUUCCUGAUUGCAAAGCACCAUUUUCUCCUUUCUGAUCUGGUCAAUGAAGAUGAAAUCCCUACUCUGGGCAUUUUGGGUUUUGGCCUCUUUAAACUGGCAGAGGCUAAACGACCCUUAAAGCCAAGACGAAAGGAGAGAAAAAAAGUAACUGUGCAGAAUCUCUCAGAUGGUGACAUAAAACUCUUGGUGAACAUUAUUAGAGCUUAUGAGAUUCCAGUUAGAAAGCCUGCUGGAAGCAAACUUCAGCAACCAUCUAAAUCAUCGUGGUCCUUCAAUGAAAUGUUUGCGGCUUCUGCAGCACCACAGAGCCCAACACACAGUCCAGAAUGGGCAUUUAACCAGGUUUCAGUCCGGCCUUUUGUAGAAGUUUCUUUUCAAAGAACAGUUUGUCGGACAACUACUGCUGAAGGACCAAACCCAAACUGGAAUGAGGAACUUGAACUUCCAUUUAGAGCUCCAAAUGGUGACUAUAGCCCUUCCAGCCUGCAGUCAGUGAAGGAUGACAUCUUCAUUAACAUUUUUGAUGAAGCACUAUAUGAUGUCUUAGAGGAUGAUCGUGAAAGAGAAAGUGGUGGAGUCCACACUCGGGUGGAGAAGCACUGGCUCGGAUCUGUUCGAAUUCCAUUUACAACAGUGUAUUUUCAAUCACGAAUUGAUGGAACAUUUAGGAUUGACAUUCCUCCAGUUCUUCUUGGAUAUAUUAAGGGAAAAAAUCUGGGACCUGAAAGAGGCUAUGAUUCUUUUCGAAAUCUGACUGAGGGCUCCUAUUUAUCACUUUUUAUUACUAUUGAACCCCAGCUCAUUCCUGGAGAAUCAGUUCGGGAAAAGUUUGACACCCAAGAAGAUGAGAAGCUUCUCGAAGCAGCUGAGAAAUUUCAAGUUGAAUGUGCACUGAAGUUUCCAAGCCGUCAGUGCCUGACAACAGUAAUUGACAUCAGUGGAAAAACAGUCUUCAUUACUAGAUACCUCAAAUCCCUAAACCCACCAGAGGAACUUUUGCAGGUUCAUGCUGACAAUCUUCAAGCAACUUGUGAGCUGGUGGCCCGCUACGUUGCCUUGAUUCCCUUCUUACCAGAUAAUGUAUCAUUUGCUGGUAUCUGUGAUUUAUGGAGCACAUCAGAUCAAUUCCUUGAUCUUUUGGCUGGAGAUGAGGAAGAACAUGCUGUGCUCUUGUGUAAUUAUUUUCUUGCUCUUGGCAAGAAGGCCUGGCUUUUAAUUGGAAAUGCAAUUCCUGAGGGACCGACAGCAUAUGUGCUUACUUGGGAACAAAACCAGUAUGUCAUCUGGAAUCCCAGUUGUGGCCGCUUUUACAGACAAUAUGAUGCUUUCUGUCCACUGCAAAGUGUAAGCUGCUUAAUUUCCCAUGACAACGUCUGGUUCAAUAUUCAACAAUAUGAGUCCCCACUAAGAAUAAGCUUCGAUGUCAGCAAAUCCAAAUUAUGGAAACCCUUUUUUUCCAGAAGUUUGCCAUUUCCUGGUCUCUCCAGUGUACAGCCAGAAGAAAUAUUCUACCAACGCGCAGAUAAGGCAGCUGCACUAGAUCUACAGAGCAGACUUGAGAAGAUACUGAAAGAAAAGAUUAUGGAAUGGCGGCCAAGACACUUGACACGUUGGAACAGAUACUGUACCUCAACCCUUCGGCACUUCUUGCCUUUGCUGGAGAAGAAUCAGGGCAAAGAUAUGGAUGAUGACCAUCAGGCAGAAUUACAGAAGCAACUGGGAGAUUAUAGGGUAUCAGGAUUUCCUAUCAACAUGCCAUUUUCAGAAGUUACACCUUUAGUAGAGGCUGUAUACAGUACUGGAGUUCAUAGCAUUGAUAUUCCAAAUAUAGAAUUUGCAUUAGCUGUGUAUGUUCAUGCUUACCCCAAAAACAUCCUUUCGGUGUGGAUUUAUAUUGCUUCCCUAGUUCGUAAUAGAUAAAGCAUUCUUACUUUCACCCGAUCCUGUUUUGAUCAGCUAUACCAAAGACUUGCACUACUUCUUUUAGAAUCUGAAUUUGGUAGUGUAUCUUAAGUUUCUCUAUUUUAAUACUUAAGGAGCAGAUAUUCUUAACCAUUUUACAUUAACACAUUUCUAAAGUAUUUAAAUCCUGAUGGCCAUAUUGGCCUAUCCAAAUCGGGAUUGGCAAGUUUGUGCAAGUUGGAAAUCAACUACCCUUGCAGUCACAAUAUUGCAGAAAUUUCACAAUUAGGAAAAUACUGAAGCAUGUUCCACUAUAAAACACUAGUUUGAUCCCAUGCUUAAACAGUGCAAUAACAAGUCCAAGUCAGAACUAGACUGCAAAAAAACAAUUCUUGACCUGUUUAUGAAGUACAAUGCUGGAUUCCCCCAGUUCUCCUGCUAUAGUAUAUCAUGGGUGCACAGAAGAUUGACUAUUAUUGUUAUUAUUUAUUUCUAUACCACCAAUAGCAAAAGCUCUCUGUGCCACUUUCUGAGCCUCUUCUGCUUAGAAGUCUGUGUUGUUGAUAUCUGUGCUUGCCAGGCAUUUAUGAAACAAGUACAAUGAAAUUGGUUGGACAGACCAAAGGCUCUUUUGUGGAAGAAAGCAUUCGAAGCAGUCAAGCCUCAAAAACCAUGUCUCAUGCAAUGCACCAUAUCUCUCACAGCCAGCAACAAGAAAUGAAGUUUCCAUACCUGAAUAGGCUCCAUCUGUGGACCAUACCAACUCCAGGAAGUGCUCUGAUAUCUCCCUGGCUUAAAUUGUCCAGAAAGACAUCAGCACCCAAGUCCAUUUCAUAUACGCUGCUGCUCAGUGCUAUUAUCCACCCACUGCCUCACACUCGAGGACACUUUCAGACAAUAUUUUUCAGGCACUGUCACUGCCUUAUAGAAUCAUAUUCCGGAGGUCCAGAGCAGCACCAUGUCCCUUCCCAGCAAAGACUCCACCAGCUCUGACUUCAGAGUGUUGAGGGAAAUAGCUAUGUCAAGGGUGUUCAGCAGAGGAAUCAUGUUGGCAGAUAUUUGCCAAGUUACAACUUGGUCAGAACCAACAACUUCAGGCAUCAUCACUUCAGCAUUUGGGUUCAAACAGACUGCUCCUCUGGCCAAACGCCAUCCAUUCAACAGUAACAACACCAAUUCUCCCUCCAGUAAGUUACUUCACUUGCUAUUUGCCCAUAAGUGUGAUGCACAGAGACCAUGAAGAAGAAAGGCAGGUUGCUUACCUGUAGUUGUACUCGUAGUUCUUUGAGUGGGCAUCUGUCCAUUCAUGCAACCCACCUUUCAUCCAGGUCUGAGUGUCCAUUAUUCCCAUUCUGCAUUGGUAACAAUGCUGUGCUUCCUUGUAUCAUAUGGUCAUAGAGCAGUUUCAAGUUUUCAGAACCCACAGGAUAAGACAUAUUAGUACAUGGGGGAAAGAUUCCUGCCAAGCCUAUACAAGCUUCCCAACAAAGGCUCUGCAUCGUUAGAGACCGUAUGUGUGAAUGCCCAGAUGGCAGCUCAAACUAUAGCUACAGGUAAGCAAACUGUCAUUAUUUUGUACCUAUAGUAGGCUGAUGAAAUAAAAAGAUCUUCAGGUAA